AUGUCUGCACUCUCGACGCCGGGCGGCGGAGGCACUACGGCGCAGAGCAAGCCGACGUCCGGCAAGCAAAAAUAUCAAAAGUUGGACAUCAAUAGCUUGUACUGCGCCAACAGAAACGAGAACUCAGAGCCGUCCUCAGUAAAAUCUCAACUUAGCCGCAAACAUGGAAUGCAAAGUCUUGGAAAGGUACCUUCAGCUAGGCGUCCUCCAGCUAACUUACCAUCUCUGAAGACUGAAACUGGUCAAGAUCCAAGUGCUAACUCUGUUUCUGCUGUUGUUACAACUGUAUCUACUACUUCAACAUGCACCUCUCAAACUAUACAGGCUACAAUAUCGAACACCAAUGUGAUUGCUGGAGCUGGACCCGGCGGAUGGGUGUCACUACCACCACCAUCGUCCCCACAUUUUCGCACAGAGUUCCCUUCAUUGGAGGCUGCUGCUCAACCCUCACAUCGGUCAUCGGAACAUGCAGUACCACAAACACAGUUGAGACCACAAACAGAAGGCAGCUGGACGUGCGGUGGCACGGCGGGCGUUCGCCAGGAGACCAGUACAUCUACCACCGCUGCCGCCGCCGCACCCGCCACAGGUCCCGCAUCACAGCAAACACCUGCCUGCCUCCCACGAUCAAUAUUGCCAUCCUUCAUGAAAGGUAGCAGCGGUGGCGGGCUCGGGCUGGGCACGGGUGCAUUGGGCGCCCUGCGUGAAAGCAGGAGCGGUGGUAGUGGGACAAGCAAUGCCUCAGGAACGCGCCCUCCGCCUCGCCAGCCCGCCACUCCGCGCGCAGUCGAGGUUCUUACUGCGCGACCAAUUCUGCGGGACGAUCAAAUCUCUUCAUUAGAUGACAUAUCUCGUGACGCCGGUUGGGCGCAACAAGACGAUAUUGACUAUGAUCAGAAGCUGGACUUCUCCGAUGGAGAGUCGUCUGCUCCGAACAAGGGUAAUAUGAGAAGCACUAGUGCUCGAGCUAGCGCAGAUAUUGAGCGCACAGAAUCUAAGAUUCAAGACCUGGGAGAUGAGGAACAGUUGUGGGCAGAACGAAGGCAAAAACAAACUAACGAGGUCGCCCAGGCAGUUGCACGCGCGCGGCUUCUCAAGGAGGAGGAGCAGCACCGUCGUCAGUUAAGGGAUGUUGCGCCCCAACCACACCAUACAGCUAAAGACAGUCGUGACAGAGCCGAAAGGCCUUUGGACCGGGACCGAAAUGACAAUAGGGACAGAGAUUCCGACAUGAGAGACAAGGACCGUGGCGAUAAUAGGGAAAGAGAUCGCAAUGAUAUUAGGGAUCGAAUGGAAAUUAGAGACAAAGAGCGCAACAACGAUUUACGCGAUAGAGAAAAGGAAAGAGUGGAUAAUAGGGAUCGUGAUAGAAAUGAUAAUCGAGACCGGUUUGAUACAAGAGAUCGUGAUCGAGACAUAAGAGAUCGCGAACGCGAUCGUGAUCGUGACCGGGAUCGAGACCGUGAACGCGAUCGUGAUCGUGACCGAUUAGAGAUUAGAGGUCGUCCUGACAAUAGAGACCGACCGGAAAGUGACAAGGAAAGAAUGGAACCACGUGAAAGAGAUCGCAAUGACAAUCGAGAUCGUGAAAGAUUUGAUAGGGAUCGAGAUCGAACUGAUAGGGAGCGCGAUCGUGACCGUGACCGGGUUGACAGAGAGCGAAAUGACCGCGAUAGGGAUCGUGAUUUCAGAGAUAGAGAUAGAGAUUAUGGGCGCGAUCGAGAUCAAUCUAACCCCGCAUUUUCUAAAACGUUCCAAGCCAAUAUUCCCCCUCGAUUUUUAAAGCAACAGCAAAGUAGACAACAGGAUGAUCAUAACAAGGGUUGGGCUUAUUCUAAUAAAACAGCACCUAGACGCCAAGAACCUCCGUCGUAUAACGCUCCACGGCAUGCUCCUCAUAAUGGUCGCCGCUCCUAUUCACGAGAUUAUUCAGACCGUGAAGAUGACUUUAGAAGAGAUAAAGAUGGACCUGGGCCGCAAUGGCGGUCUGAAAUGCAAGAUUAUGAGAGAUCUGGACGUGAAUUAGACAGAUCAAACUCUAAAGAUUCAUAUAGUGACUAUAAGGAUAGAAGAAAUGAAUCUGAUAAGAAGUUAUUUGAAACCACUAUUGAACCUAGCAGUCGAACUGCUGCUGACAAACUGACAGAAGUAUUUGAAAGAAAAAGUAUAGGCAUUGCAGAGCCUUUCGUAUCAUCUGAAUCCCCAUCUCAGAUCUCUGCUCCAGAGAGACGUAACACACCACCAUCUAAUUUAUCUCAACGAGAUUCCUCUGAGAGAGAUUUCGGAAAAACUUCGUGGGCGGAAGUUACUCAAGAAGAACCAAGUAUUUCAAAUACUCAGAAGUCAGUCACAGAAAAAAGUUUACUGCCUAAAGAUAAUGAUACGAAAAAAGAAAUACAUGAUCAUGACAAGGUAAACGACGAAACUAAACACAGUCCACAGCUUGUUUUGGGGGCGCCUCUUCAGCAGACAACACUUUCGAAUAUUGUAUCUAACCCAUCGCCGUCCUCCAUUCACAAGUCCCAUAAUAAUCACACUUCAAGUGUCCAAAGUUUUGGACAUAACAAUCAACAAAUAUCUCAAAUCACUCAUCACGGCAAUGUACAGGCUCAAACAACUGUUUCUGUAAGCCAAUCUCAAAUUUCAUUUACGGAGAAUCAUGGUACCUUGAUAUCAGCACCUUUACAAACGCCUCCUAAACAACAACAUCAACCUGAAGCUCUUAAUAAUACAUCUCAAAUACAAAAACAAGUCACAACUGAUCAAUCGACCCCACAAAACAUGACGAAACCUUUGUUUACAACUCAGAAAUCUGAAAAAGACCUUUCAGAAUCUGAAUCAAUAGCUUCUAAAUCAAGUACUGAUCCUUCCAGUUUAGGAAAUCAAAUGAAUGAAACUUAUCCUACGGAGUUUCCUCACGGCAGUUCUCAAAAACGACCUCUAGAUGAUAAGAAAAAUGAAAAAAUCAGUAAUGAGCAGCUCAACAAAAUUCCUUCUAAAGAACCUGUAGAACGAAAGUCAAGUGGAUCAGGAUCUGAAAAAAAAGGUAGAGGAUAUGGAGGUAAUAGCGGUGGCGGUGGUAGCGGCGCCGGCACUAGUGGAGGCUAUGCUGUAUAUACUAGAGGUUGGGGACCACGAAGACGAUCACACCGCAGUUCGCGCUCUAAUAACAGAGCCAGUGAAUCGGACGGUUCUACUGAUGGUGCGCCUAAUUCUGACCGUAAAGAAAGACGCAGGGCACCGCGUAGUCCUCGUGGAGCUAAACCAGCGCAUGAUAAAUCUGACGAUUCUAAUAGACCUCAACAACUUGACCAACCAGCCUCUACCGAUGGCAUGGAAAAUAGAGAGCCUUUUGCGCCUCGCGGUCAACCAUCACGUCGUGGACGUGGUGGGUUCCAGGGUACUAAUCGCCCACCAGCUCCAGCUAAACGAGUCACUGGAUAUGGUCCUCCUAAUACAAAAAGUCCAUUUAGCCAGGCCAAUAGGGCUGUAAAAGAAAAUGAGGAAGUAAAAGAUACUGUACAGACUGAAGAUAAGUUGAAAGGCAAUAAAUCCAGAGCCGGUUCAUCUACUGGUCGAGGUCGUGAUCGACGUCCUAAAGGAGCCGGAGCUCCUUUGAGCGGCGAGGAUGAAAAUUGGGAAACAACUUCGGAACAUUCUGAAGGUGGCACCUCUAGCCGUCGCAAAUCGGUGCCAGGUAGACAAUCCGGUCAAGGGCAAAAAAAUCAAGGUAGUCGUAAUCAAAAUUCAGGUAAUCGUCAAAACAAUAAUGCACGCAACCAACAGACUGCCAAGAAAGAAACAGUAAUUGAGAAUAAAACUGCUGAUAUCACAGAGGCUAUGACAGAUCUUAAAUUAUCUUCUGCUAAAAAAGAAGAUGAAGUUGUUGAUGAUGGAUUCCAAGAGGUAAGAAACAAGAAAAAUUCAAAAGACACACGAGGUACAGCAAAAGAAGAAAAUCAACAUUCAGCCAAACAACCUAGAUCUCAUUCAAAUCAAGGUGGUGGAAGAAAUGGUUCUUCUACAAGAAAUUCUAAUGACAAAUCAAACUCACGUGGUUCUGCCCCAGUUUCUAAUAAAUCUGGACCUCAAUAUGAUCGUCCUCGUCAAGCUAACUUAGCACCCCGAUUCGUUAAACAGCGCCAAAAGCAACAAAUGGGUUUGGUGUCUAACUUUGGUCCAGACACUGGAGCUGCACCUCCACCUCCCCCUGUUAACGCUUGGGAUAAACCCAUAUCACAAACAUUACGUGGUAAUCUUGAGGAACCAGUGGAAAAUGUUGAAAACAAGUCAGGUCAAUCCAGUCAACGUAGUACUCCAGGAGACACUGCUGCCGAAACGAAAACUGUUCAACCUACUUGUGCUAUGGCAGCUGAUAAAACAGGCGUUUUAGAUGGAGCUACGCCACCUGUUGAAACGAUUAUAUUCGAAAACACAAAUUACAAGACUGCAACCCCUGACGAAAGUUUGCAACAAAAGUAUCAACUUACUACAGCUAUUACUAAAACUCAAUCUGAAGACAUAAAACCUGAGCUUGAUACUCGUCCACUCACAUUUAAUGGAGAAGUAAGACCCAGACCUAGGUCCAUACAAGAUAUAAUAUCAGAGAGUGCAGUUACUGAUGGGGAUAGUGCCAGUUUAGGGCUACCAAUAUCUUUUGAUACAUCACAAAAACAAGAAGACUCUUCAGAUAUGAAAUUAGAUUUUGCAUUUGAUUCUGAUUUAGGACAGCUAACGGAGGAUAAGACAGCCAAGACUCUUGGUUUGCCACGCGGAGUUCACAUGAGCACAUCAAACACUAUUUCACCACUGGCGGCGGAUCUCAAUUUAAAAAUCGCCAGUGUGAAAAAAGUUUGGGAGAUGCCUGCUGUAGCUGAAGGAAGUGAAGAGAUUCAGUUUGCUACAUUUGAAGAAAAUAAUACAGAGACAGCUCCACCUAAUGUAUGUAAGGUCAAGCCUACACAGCAGCUUCAAUCACCACCACCCCAGCACUUCAACCACGUGGGUUAUCAAGGAGGGUAUGGUGGUCUAUCAGUGCCGUCACCGCCGGCGGUGAUGUUUAAUUCUUCUCAACAACUAUUAGGCUCAUCACAGCAGCUGCCGCAGCAGGGAAGUCUCUAUGGGGCUUUCCUAGAUCAGAGCCGUGGACAAUUCGGAGGGUUUCCUGGCACACCUUAUGGUGCAGGAUCAGCAGCCCCAUACAAUUAUCAGCCUCCUCCAGACAUGUUUCAGAGUCUACCAAAUCAGUAUAGAAUGGCCGCAGCCGCUGGCGGUGGUGCCGCAUUCGGACAGUCGGGGCAACUGGGUAAUAGUCCCAGCACUGUUCUAAUCUCGAGCACUUCUAAUUCUCUCAUGUCGGCUACUGUCAAGCCUUCCACACAACAGAUAGGUGCUAUUGGCAGCAAAGGUGGCGGAGUGGGAGGUGUCGGCGGUGUGGGGGGUGUGAGUACAUACCAGCAGCAGUAUCUGGGCUACUCGGCGCCGGUCGGCGAUGCGCCUUACUCCCUGCAGGGGUUAUUACCGCGUCCUGCGCCUCCCGCUAGCUCGUACUAUUCACCGUAUCAGCCGCCAACGGCUCCUGCACCUACAUAUCCUCUACAAUUUACGCAACCGGCACAAUCCGGUGCCUUCGGCUCGCAGUUUCUCUCCUCACAACUUCAAGUUGCUGCCGCCGUUCAGCAGAUGCAGCAGCAGUAUCGGGCGCCACUGCAGCAACAGUACGCACCGCCGCAACCGCGACCACCUCCGCAACAGUUGAAAAGUCCCUUACAUGAGCAUGCAAAUGGCUUCGCGCCGUUAUGCGACGCAGCUUCGCCUACGCCCAAGGGCGCAGCCAAACCUCAAAAGCCGCCACACUCGCCACCGCAGCACAAGUACCAUGCUCCGCCACCGCAUCCUCCACCGGCACACACCCCUCACAACCAACAUCAACAUCACCAGCAGCAGCAAAUGGUAAGCGGAGGCAACAAUGGACGAUGUGGUGGCGGCGGUGGGUCCGGUGGCAUGGCGCGCGGAGGCAUGGUGGCGCCACGGUACCCUGCGCCCAUCGGCCAGCGCCCUCACGCGCCUGCGCUGCCGAUAUACCGAGCGCCGCCCGGAGCGCCCUCCCAGGGGCCGCGCCAACACCACGCUUCACACCAGCAACCCCGCCCCAAUCUCUACUACCACCAGCAUCAGCGCAACGGCGGCGGUGGCGGUGAACGCGUGGCAGAGAGUGGAGACACGGUGCCCGGCGACGACGCGGGUGACGCGACCGCGGGUUCGGACGCUCCGACGCCCGCUGAAGUCAAGGCGGAGUGA